AUGUUUGGACUAUUCGGCACCCAAUUUUCUCCCGAAAAGGACAUACCUUCGCAGGAAGGAAAAGUAAUUGUCGUUACUGGAGGCAAUGCUGGAAUUGGCAAAGAGACUAUACUGCAGCUAUGCAAGCACUCGCCGAAAAAGGUCUUCUUAGCCACCAGGAAUGAGGCGAAGGCGAAAGACGCCAUUGAGUCCAUCAACUCUCAGCUGCCCCAGCCUGCCGACAUCGUCUUCGUGCCGCUCAAUCUCAGUAAUUUGGCCUCAGUCGCCGCCGCCGCAGACACGCUGAACCAAAACACUGACCGAAUCGACUUGCUCUUUCUCAAUGCCGGAAUCAUGAACCUGCCGCCAGGCAAAACUGAUGAUGGAUUCGACAUUCAGUUUGGUACUAAUCACGUCGGCCACUUUCUCCUCACCACGCGGCUGCUCCCUCUGCUCAAGCAAACUGUAACCAAGUACAAUGCCGACGUACGAGUCCUGUCCAUUUCAUCCAUGGCUAGCAUGGCGGCACCGUCAUUGGACACCAUCAUUUCGGAAGACCUAUGGAAAAAGGGAGGAUGGACGUCCUAUGCCUCCUCCAAGGCCGCCAACAUCCUUUUCGCUGCCGAGUUGGCCAGGCGACACCCCGAGAUCACCGCCAUGUCUGUCCAUCCCGGCCUCAUCAAGACAGAUCUGUAUAGCGACACUUUUGAAAACAGCUACUUUAUGAGAUUCGGAAUGGCGUUGGUUGGUCCCUUGGUCUACCACGACGCGGUAUAUGGAGCCUUGACACAGCUCUGGACCGCUACCGCAGAGAAGAGUAAAAUCCAGCAGGGUGCAUUCUAUACGCCUGUGGGAAAGCUGCAGAAAGGGAAUUCGUGGGCCAACAAUGCGGAUGCGUCGAAGAAGCUGUGGGAAUGGACGGAGGAGAAGUUGAAGGAAAAGGGGUUCUAA